UUACCAUCACUGUAUUGAGUAGAAUUUAGUAAUAAGCAAUUCAAUGGUUGUUGAGAAAAGGGGCUCUUUGCCCCCACUCUAACCUGGAAAAUGAGACCUAAUGAUUCACCCUUUAGUCAGUGUUCCCCACUAUCUUAUGCAAUUAUUGGAACUUUAAUAAUCAACCCAUAUUGAUGCCUUUGCUGUAUAAGGUAUUCAAAGUUAAUAUAUAAACUAAAAGGAAACCAAUCCCAACCUGUAUCUUCACUUGCAAUGGCAACUAUCAAUCCACCAAAGACUACUUCCACUUCUGCUUUAUUUGAUGACCUCCCUACAGAGAAAUGGAUAAAUCUUGCUAAUCUCUAUCAAUGGAAAGGCUUCUGGUAUCGACGUCCACACCUUGAAGCUGUCAUGGAAGCUCGAUCCAGCUUCAAGGCACGUGAUGAAGACGUUAUCCUGGCAUCCUCUAUGAAGACCGGCACAACAUGGCUCAAGGCUCUCAUACCAUCCAUCAUGGACCCUAAUGCUAGAAUAGUUGGUGAGACUAAUAGUGAUGAUAAUUCUGACCCUUUAGUCCAAAAUUUUCCCAAUGUACUAAUCCCAUCUUUUGAAAUCCAAAUAUUUGCAGAAAACUCCACCUACAAUAUCUUAGACAUGCCUUCUCCUAGACUCUUUAGAACUCACAUGCCCUACGCAAUGCUACCGGAUUCCAUCAAGACCUCAGGCUGCAAGAUUGUGUACAUCACUCGAGAUCCCAAGGACACUGUCCUGUCACUGUGGCACUUCAUGAACUCAAUUAGGAAGCCAGAGGAAAGGCCAUUUCCCUUGAAUGAGUUUUUUGAGAGCUUUUGCAAAGGGCUUCAUCCCUUUGGGCCUUUUCAUGACCAUGUACUUGGUUAUUGGAAGGAGAGUAUGAUGAGGCCUGAGAAGAUACUUUUCUUGAGAUAUGAAGAUAUGAAGAGAGACACAAGUGGUCAAGUGAAGAAGUUGGCUUCUUUUCUUGGAAGGCCUUUUGCAAAAGAGGAAGAAGUUGCUAAAGUAGUGUGGAUGUGCAGCUUUGAAAGGCUCAAAAACUUGGAAGUCAACAAAAAUGGGGUAGAACCUGAUGCUGGGUUUCCUAAGAGUGCAUAUUUCAGGCUUGGUGUUGUUGGGGAUUGGAAGAACAGCUUAUCUAUGGAGAUGAAGAAGCAGCUUGAUGAGAUUACUUGUAACAAGCUUGAAGGCUCUGGUUUAGAUCUUUUAAAUUAGUUAGUGGUUAUUGUUUGUCUUGCAUAUUGUACUGGACCUACUACUAGAAAAUAAAAUUACAAAAAUGUUUCGCACAUAUAGUGCAACCCAUAUCUAAAUUAUAACCACCACCAAUUUUUAUUUUUAUUUUUAUUUUGUUAACCACCAUCUGCUCUAAACGAUGA